AUGGUUCCUCAUCUACAACUAAUUGUUCUCCUUCUAGCUUUCAUCUCCCACGAACCUGAAGCCAUAGCACGAUUGGUAUACCCUUUCACUUCCCAAGUUGCACCAGUAACAAAACAUGCUGAUGCAGCUACACCACUCUAUAGCAUCCAGAUGAAGAUCGCUGUAUGGGUAUACAUACCAGACAUAUAUAAAAACUUCAUUAUUGACAUAGACGCUCCAUUCACAUGGCAUGACUGCAUUGUGGACUGGAAUAGUUGGAUUGAUGAAAGCAGCAAUUGCCUCGGUUGCGCUCACCCAGUUUCUUGUGAAGAGUAUCAAUGCACGGAUGUUCGCACAGUAACCAACACUUCGACAUUACCUGGUUCGGGAGAAUGCACAUGCCCUGUCAAUGUUGUUGAACCCUGUUAA